AUGGCGCGGGUCUCGAAGGACUCAUCGACCGUGCCUCGCAAACCGUCGGGCAAGCGCGGCGACGGCCACAAGACCCUCCAGCGAGAACGGCAGCCCGGCAACUCGAAAGCUCGCCACAGGGCAGCGAGGCAUCGGGAAUGGGCGUUGCGCAAAGGCGCCGAGUACCACGACGGUCUGCAGCGGUGGAAGAAGGACAAGAGCCUGCUGCGGGUGAACGAGCGGGCCGCCAAGUGCAACGAGCGAGACUUGGAGCGCGCCGUCAACCCCAAGAGCGUGCACAACUACCCCGACCGACCCAAGAACAACAAGAUCCAGAUGUGCAAGGACGAGAAGAAAUCCCUGGACGAGAUUCACGCCGACCUGGAGCUCAAGAUCAAGAAGGAGGCGGCCGACCGUCCCGUUACGAUCCGCGACAUGAACCAGGAUCUCGCUGCGUGGCGGGAUGACCUGCUGAGCGAGCGCGGCGCGCAGGAUCUCCGUCGCUGGAUCCUCGACAUCCUCCAGCCGCUCAUCGACAAGGCCAAGCAGAACCCGCCGAAGCGCGAGAAGGUCGACCCCGAGUACAGGAAAUGGCAGCUCGUCCUCCGCGGCAUCCUCAACAAGCAGUUCCCGCUGGCCAGCAAGAAGACGCCUGUGCAGGUCGACGUGACGUCCAAGUCUCGCAGCGUGCCGGACGUCGGCAUCCACCUGGGAGUGUGGUGUCCGCAACGUACGGAGGCGUGCGUGACCAGCGAGACGCGGGCCAACGAGGAGGCGGCAGAACUUUUCCUCCGCCGCUUUCGCGCUCUCGUCCUUCCUCGCCUCCUCGAGAAGGUCUACGCGCGGAACAAGAACGAGGCCUUGCGCUUGCUCGAGCUCUGGGCGUACGCUCGCCUCGUCCAUCGCGAGGCCUACGGCAAGUACGAAUGGAUCGACUUGGGUCCCGUCGCCUCGUGCGUCGCCUUGUCGUGCGGCGCGACCGAGCUCCCUCACAUCGACUGGAGCGAUCCUAAGGCGGUGAAGGGCUUCGUUCUCGCGGCGGCCGGCGAAUGGGAGGGUGCCGACCUCCUCAUCUCCGACCUCCUCGCGCAGAUCCCCAUCCGCGGCGGCCAGUGCGUCUCGGCGCCGUUCAGGAACUACCGCCACUGCUCGACGCCCUUCUGGGCCAAGACGCCGGAGGAGCGCCUCAUCGUCGUCCUCUUCUGGAACGCUGGCCUCAUGCCGCCCGUCGAGGAGAUCGGUCUGAAGACGCCCAUGGAUUGCCUCGGCCACCCCAUCUGCCUCAAGAACUUCCCCAAGCUGCGCAAGAUCAUCUACAAGGACGACUUCAUCCGCAUCGUCGACCGCACCGCGGCCCUUGAGGACGCCAUGAACAAGCACCUCAAGCGCAAGACCGGCUUCUGGGCGUCCUACGCUUCCAGGGGCGCGCGCGCCGAGGGUAGCGACUUGGUCGAGAAGAGGUUCAACCCUCGCCAGCACCCGAAGCACCCGAAGGACCCGCAGCGCGGCGUCGUCUUCGAUCAAAAGUCGCUCACGAUGCAGUACUACACCGAGUAG